CACCAUUGUAUGAUUUACCUCUGAGUCUUUUUAUGUAAAUUGUCCAAAAAGGUGAAGUUUUUCGACAUGUUUGAAGAUGUAAAAGAGAGAGUAGACUAAUCUGACGGUGCCAUUUCAUUACCAACAAUCCCACGACUAAGAUUCCAGAGUGUACAGUACAGUACUACGCUUCCAGUGGAUGCUGGAGCCCAUUAGUGUAGCUGUCAUGGAGGAUGGAAGGAAUUGGUUAAGAUCAAUAGCUAUGGAACACACGAGUUGCUUAGUGUAAUUAGUCGGGGAAAAGUUACAUUACAAUGAGGCGGAGCCAUGCCCCAAGUCAGUUGCUUAAACGGAAGAAUGACUGUGGUUUCACAAUUGGCCCAAAAGUGGCUGUUAGCCAGUCAGAUUCUAAGAGGCAAAAGGUGGCAGAAAAGGCAGGCCCAGGGCUCCUGGUCUCUCCCUAUCGGGCUCCUCUUGUACCAAUUGUUAAUACUCCGACAGGACAAACUUCUUCUCAUGAGGAUUUGAUUCGGAAAAUUCUCGCCAAGCCAUUUAAGAUUCCCAUCCCUAAUUAUGUAAGUCGAGGAUCUCGAUGCUUGGGGAUCCGUCGUAAUGGUGUGAGGCGACCAUUGCAUGACCCUGAUGAACCUGGUGCCCUGGUGCUUUACUCCCCGGCUGUCUUGUCCGCUCAAGAGAAGCUCACGGCCAACCUGGAGAAGCAGGAAGUAGCAGUUGUGGUUGACCCAAUGCUCUCUGCUGUCUUGCGUCCUCACCAGCGAGAGGUGUGUA